AUGGAGCUUCUUAUGCAUCAGAAAGCAAGGGAUGAGCUAGGAGAUGUCGAAGGCCUCACCAAAGAGAAAGUGGACAAGGUUAUUGAGGAGUUUUUGAAGGAUGCGAAAGAGAAUUUGGUCGAAGCUAAUGCCUGGCCUAUAAACUUCUCUGCUUACAUGGUGUCCAAGGCAGCCAUGAAUGCUUACACAAGAGUUCUGGCAAAGAAUCACCCCGAAAUUACAAUCAAUGCAGUUACUCCUGGCUACACUAGCACUGACAUGACCUUCAAUGUUGGCGGGCACUCUGUUGAAGAAGGUGCAAAGGGUCCUGUUAAGCUGGCCUUGAGCCCUGAAGGUGGACCUUCUGGCCUCUAUUUUGACCAGCUUGAAGUCUCACCCUUAUGA